AGACAGGGAACUGAGGGAAGAACAAUCUUCACCGCAAAAAUGGGGACGUUCGAUUUUGGAUCCAUCUCCUUUCAAUUUUCCACUUCUAUGCCACCUGGAUAGGUUUGCCAAUGCUACUAAUCUACUAACCUAGGUAGUCACUAUCUACCUAAUAAUACCUGUUUUCUUUUCUUUUUCUUUCUGAGCUUUCUUCCUUCCCUACAAUAUCUUGGUUGGAAGGAAGCGUCAAGAAAUUGGAGGCAAAAUACCAAAAAUGGCACGCUCAUCAGCUUCCACGACCACAAGCGUCUCUAAAGUCAACAAGCAACAAAAGACGAUCCGACUCAAUGGUAAUAGCGGGGAGGACGCUCAACAAAAUGGAUCCCCAGAUUUGAAACGAGACCCGAUCGAGGUUAAGUAUCGUGACUUCUUCUGGACUUAUACCGAGGAGCCACAUCGCACAAGACGCCUAGCUAUUAUUAAGGCGCAUCCAGAGGUAACCAAACUCUGCGGCCCCGAACCACUCACCAAAUAUGUCGUCGUCGGUGUCGUUUCCCUCCAAAUCCUCUGCGCCUAUGUCCUCCGAAACACUCCCUUUUUUUCGGCGCCUUACUGGCUCCUGGCAUACGUCGUCGGCGCGACCGCCAACCAGAACCUGUUCUUGGCCAUCCACGAGAUCAGCCACAACCUAGCCUUCCGCUCGCCCACUGCCAAUCGCCUUUUCGCCAUCGUUGCCAAUCUACCUAUUGGUAUCCCUUACAGCGCUUCCUUUCGCCCAUACCAUCUAACUCACCACAAGUCUCUUGGUGUUGACGGCCUGGAUACGGAUCUGCCUACUGCGCUGGAGGCUAUCUUCCUCGACUCCAUCCUCGGCAAGGCCUUCUUCUGCACGUUCCAGAUCCUGUUCUACGCCGUGCGCCCCAUGUGCGUCUACAGCGUGCCCUUCACCUGGGUCUCCGGUGUCAACCUCGCCGUGCAGAUCGUCUUCGAUGCUAUCAUCCUCAAGACCAUGGGCGUGCAGUCCAUGCUCUACUUCAUCCUGUCCUCCUUCCUGGCCGGCAGCCUGCACCCGCUGGCCGGCCACUUCAUCGCCGAGCACUACGUGUACGAGACCGUGACGCCCGCCCAGGCGAACCCGGACAACCGCACGCCGGUCCCGGAGACGUACUCGUACUACGGGCCCCUCAACAUCUUCACCUACAACGUCGGCCUGCACAACGAGCACCACGACUUCCCCGCCGUCCCCUGGACCCGCCUGCCCCAGCUCAACCGCAUCGCCAAGGAGUUCUACGACGACCUCCCCUACCACCGCAGCUGGACCUACGUCAUCUGGCGCUUCAUCUUCGACGACAGCGUCGGCAUCCGCUGCCGCGUCAAGCGCAAGGAAGGCGGUCGCCUCGUCGGCCAGAAGUCCGCUGCCCCCGCUGCUGCUUGGAAGGAGGACGAGAUCGAAGCUUGAAAAUGUGUCACGAAAACUGAAACGAGGAUACUAUGGCUAACUUGUACAAAGAAAAGGGGGGAGGGGAGGGGGGAAAACAACACCCUCCGAAAUUUGCACACCGCAAUACAUAAUGCCGGCAGUAUCAUGCCUUGGAAUGGCAGGGAAAGGUUGUGCGUGUGUGUGUGGCGUGUGUGUAUACUUGAAAUGCCCUAGAUAAUACAUGUUUUUGUUGUUGUUGUGCGGGUUACGAUUUUUGGGAUUUUAAGGGGAACGUAACGCAACGCAACGCAACGCAAAUAGAAACAGAGCCAACUCGAUAAUAUGACACUUAAUAACUCUCGAA